UAAGUUGUUUAUCCGUAUUUGUGGGCAUAAGAAAAAAGAGGGCAGUCUGAGUUUGAAAGGAGAAGAAGAGGACAGUAGAGAAGAAAAAAAUCGGAAUAAAAUCUGACAGCAUUGCGAGGCAAAAUGAUUAGCUAAGAAACAUUGUCCUACUCUAAUAAGUAAAGGAUAGAUUCUCAUCAGCCCAUUUUUAUUAUUUUGCCAGAAACACAUUGCCCACAACUACAAUUUCGAGCUCUGUGCUCCUUUACGCACCAGCAGAAACUGUAAUUAAACAGUUGUGCUCACAGUAAUAUAUAUAAAUCAGUAAACAAAGCUAUUCAUGAAUUUCACUUCCCUCAUAAUAUUCUACAUAAUCUGGUGUGCACCCUCCGUGAUUGCUCGGGCCGACGAGGGCUCACUUCUCAUGAACUCCACCAGAAAAUCCCUUCGUCAGGAAAUUCAGAAGCAACAAACAGAGCAGCCCGUCAAUCAGAAUGCAUCUCCUGAGACUCAAAGCAACCAGGCUACGGACCCAAAGCCGUGGAGGAGCGCGCAUAUAUCUCGCCACCACAGCCGCUUAAGAACUGUCCAUGGAACGGUAAACAUCAUAGGAUGGGGAGUCCUGUUGCCCGUCGGGGUUAUCAUUGCAAGGUAUUUCAGGAAACUGUCGGAUGACUGGUACUCUCUCCACAUCCUGUCUCAGUUGUCAGGGUUCCUCCUGGGCACACUCGGGUGGGGCCUUGGCCUGUCGAUCAAGAAUGCAGCCAAAGAACAGAGCCUGAGCACACACGGAAUUCUUGGUACAAUAAUAUUCGCCUUCGCCACGCUUCAGUUGUUAGCCUUGUGUUUACAGGCAGGUGAAGAACAGGGAUGCCGCAAAUACUGGGUGAUUUAUCAUCAUGUUGCGGGGUACGCCCUGAUUGUACUCAUCAUUGCCAAUAUAUUUCAGGGGAUCAACAAUCAGAGUGCGGCCAAGAGAUGGGAAUGGGUUUACGGCACUCUCUUGGGAGUUUUGGGUUUAACUGCCCUGUUUUUGGAACUCUUUAGAUUUAUUUCCAUUUAAGCACCCUACAAACUUCCAAUUUAUUUUUCUCAAAAUCCCAUUCUUUUUCCGGUUUUCUAUCAUUUGUGAGCCGAUUGGAAUUCCUAUUGCAAUUCACAUUGUAUUUUCAGUUCUGUUCAUAUAUACACUAUUCUUUAAGAAUUAUAUAAUAAUCGCAUAAAAAAGCGUAACGCGAUCAAACAUAAAUUCCUAUCCUUAAAGCAGGUCGCAUACUCUCAGCCAUUCAUGAUAAGCAUUGCCGUAGCCUUCAAGAAUUUUGUGCUGCCUGAAAUUCAUGUCGGCAUGGGCCUCUCUGUAUCCAACCUGCAGCAUUUGAUUCCCAAUUGCCUACAGUCCUCCAUGGCAGUGAUCAGGAAAGAGCCCACACUUGACGCGCCACCCACCGUUGCAACAACAAAGGCCAAAUGUCUUCACUUGCCAUUCCACAAACCGGACACAUCACUUCGACGUCUGGCCGACCUGUUGCGAGGUUUACGCGCACUGGCAAAGCUUCAUCACAAUAUCUCCCACAUAAACAUCAGAGGGACCUCAACACUCCAAAA